UAGGUUGCAUAAUUUAAUAAGUAGUAAUUCUUUAAUAUGUAAUGAGAUAGAAAUCAAACAUUUAUUUUUAUUGUACUAGGAGGAAUGAAUACACUGUGCAUGGAGUAAACUAAAAUAAUUAUAAGCAGUAAUUGAGUAAAACAAAAAUAUUUGGGAGAUAUUAAAUUCACCUAGGGUCAUUUCCAAGUUGUACCUUGGAUAUCUGUAUAUUUUUAUUAACAUUUUUCCAAUGAGGAGGAGUUGUUACUAUAGCAACAUUUGUAGGGGAUCUUGGAUUUUUUUUUUUUUUUAACGUUUAUUAACUGCAUGCCUUCGGCAAGCUUGAUCUACUGCUGCUUUCAUAGAUUUAUGGUGGGAACUGAAUAUAAGUCACUUUUCUUUCACUGUAUCAAGCUCCUUUAUGUAACCAUAUAUUUCUAUAAUUUCUAUUUCUUGUUUUAAGAGUAUAUUCUCAGCUAAUGAAUCAGAAUGCAGGAGAUGCUACUGAAACAUAAGGGCCAGCAGCUGCUUUAUAUUAUUGUGUAUUAUUUGGUAAUGCCAGUUAUAUGCUCCCAAGUAUUAAAAACUAGCAACUUUUAAUACUUUUCCACUGUUCUUAUUUUACAUGUCACUCGUGAUAUGAAUGUUUCAGAUGUGGAGUUAUCUUUUAAUAGCUGCUCAUCGGGGAUUCAGGCGUGAGAUGUGUCAAGAGGUAACUUUAUCUGAAAUCAGAAGUGUCUUGGCAAUUUGCCAGCAGAAAAGCAAUCUUCUGUUGAUUGUUGUAGCUAUGGGUUGGAAGAUGAGAACAAAUACUUAUGGAGGCUCUUAGAUGCUUUAUACGGAGAUCAGACAUGGUCAUAUGUAUUUCUUUGUAUUACAUACGGUAUCUGAAAACUAGAUUUCUGGUACCAUAUGACUAACCAAUACUCUAUAGAUGAUGGGUUUGUUACUACUGCUAAUGAUGUCUCAGGUUGAUUAGGUAUGCAGUUCAACAUUGCUGGUGAUGUAUUGUUAGAAAUACCAGCAUUUCUGCAUGCUCUGUUUCAAACCCUAGUAUUGCUUUUUAGAUUAUUGUGUUAAAGUUGCACAAUAAAGGAUAUUAUAGUUUGACUGUCUUGACUACACUACUUGUACAGUUUUAAAAUACUCCUUGGUAAGACUUACCCCAAAUUAUGAUUUUUUUAAUGUUAAAUUUUUGUAAAAUACAGUCUUAGGCUGUGAUUUCACAUCCAAUUUUUUUCUAAACUUCAGCAAAAGGUCUACAACUUCUUUCCUUGUGAAGCCAGAGAUACUGUGGUUAAAUCAAUUCUAGUAGUAAUUUGGUUCUGAGUUUAUUGUGGAGGUUUAAAAUGGCUGUGAACACUAGUAGAUUACUUGUUUGCUUAAAAUGAUCUUUUAAAUAAUAGUGUUCUCUUCCUAGUCAGUGUUUGGAUUACUGAAUGCACUCAUUUUGAACGCUUGCUAGGUUAUCAUAAGUUAGGACAUGUCAUCUGCAAAUCCUGGUUGCAAGAUGGUGGAAAAAGGUGGUUUCCGCUGUGUCUUGCAGACACACAGAGAUUUCUUGGCAAAAAUGUCACAGGUUAAACAAGUGGGACUUUUAGCUGCUGGAUGUCAGCCAUGGAACAAGGAUGUAUGUGCUGCUAGUGGGGACAGAUUUGCCUACUGUGCUACCCUUGCUAUUUAUAUUUAUCAGCUGGAUCACCGAUACAAUGAAUUCAAGCUCCGGGCAAUUAUGUCUGAGCAUAAGAAGACAAUCACAGCCAUAUCUUGGUGUCCCCAUAAUCCUGACAUGUUUGCAAGUGCCAGUGCAGAUAGUUUAGUGAUUAUUUGGAAUGUGACUGAACAGAAAGUUGUGGCCAAACUGGACAAUACAAAAGGAAUUCCUGCGUCACUUAGCUGGUGCUGGAAUGCAGGUGAUGCAGUUGCAUUUGUGUCCCACAGAGGUCCGUUGUACAUUUGGACUAUCUCAGGACCUGACAGCGGGGUAACUGUACAUAGAGAAGCACAUAGUUUCUUGUCAGAUAUCAGUCUGUUUAGAUGGCAUCCGAAGAAAAAAGGAAAAGUAGUAUUCGGACAUACUGAUGGAAGCCUAUCUAUUUUUCAGCCAGGUUCUAAAAAUCAGAAACAUGUCUUGAGACCAGAGUCUCUUGAAGGAACAGAUGAAGAGGAUCCAGUUACAGCGCUGGAGUGGGACCCUUUGUCAACUGACUACCUUCUUGUUGCUAAUUUACAUAAUGGUAUUCGACUAGUUGAUUCUGAAUCUCUGUCCUGUAUCACAACAUUUAAUUUUCCCAGUGCAGCAGCAUCUGUUCAGUGUUUAGCCUGGGUUUCUAGUGCACCUGGAAUGUUUAUAACUGGAGAUUCUCAGGUUGGUGUGUUACGUAUUUGGAAUGUUUCACGUACAACACCUAUAGAUAAUUUUAAAUUGAAGAAAACUGGUUUCCAUGGUUUGCAUGUGCUAAGUUCUCCUCCAAAGAAAAAGUCAUGUUCAUCACAGUAUCCUACUAAAAAUCACCAUACAUCCUCAACAAGUGAGGCUGUUCCUCCUCCAACUUUAACCCAAAACCAAGCAUUUUCUCUUCCUCCUGGUCAUGCUGUCUGUUGCUUCAUGGAUGGUGGAGUGGGGCUUUAUGACAUGGGAGCCAAAAAGUGGGAUUUCCUUAGAGAUUUGGGACAUGUUGAGACCAUCUUUGAUUGCAAAUUCAAACCUGAUAACCCUGAUCUUCUUGCUACAGCUUCAUUUGAUGGCACAAUAAAAGUUUGGGACAUAAAUACUUUAACAGCAGUUUACACAUCUCCUGGUAAUGAGGGGGUUAUUUAUUCCCUUUCUUGGGCUCCAGGAGAUCUGAACUGCAUAGCAGGUGCAACAUCCAGAAAUGGUGGCUUCAUCUGGGAUGUCCCAAAAGGCAAAAUGAUAACCAGAUUCAGUGAGCAUGGAAAGAAUGGAAUCUUCUGCAUUGCCUGGAGUCAUAAAGAUUCCAAAAGAAUAGCAACCUGCAGCGGUGAUGGAUUUUGUAUUAUUCGAACCAUUGAUGGCAAGGUUCUUCACAAGUACAAACAUCCAGCUGCAGUGUUUGGCUGUGAUUGGAGUCAAAACAACAAAGAUAUGAUAGCUACUGGUUGUGAGGACAAAAAUGUUCGUGUUUACUACUUGGCAACCAGCUCUGAUCAGCCACUGAAAGUUUUUACAGGGCAUACUGCAAAGGUGUUUCAUGUACGGUGGUCUCCUCUGAGAGAAGGAAUCCUCUGCAGUGGCUCUGAUGAUGGUACUGUUCGAAUAUGGGAUUAUACACAGGAUGCUUGUAUAAAUGUUCUUAGUGGACAUACAGCUCCAGUACGGGGACUGAUGUGGAAUCCUGAAAUUCCUUACCUUCUAAUAUCUGGCAGUUGGGACUAUACAAUUCGAGUCUGGGACACAAGAGAUGGAACAUGUUUGGACACAGUUUAUGAUCAUGGUGCAGAUGUAUAUGGAUUAACAUGUCAUCCUAGUCGUCCAUUUACUAUGGCAUCUUGCUCUCGUGACUCCACUGUGAGACUCUGGUCAUUGACACCUCUUAUAAACCCUCUACAAAUAAAUAUCUUAGCAGAUAGAUGUUGGGAUGAGAUUAUCGGUAAUACAGAUCGUGCUGUGGAAUCUGGUGCUCCUCCUUUGCUGUGUGGUAAAGUUUCCAGGGAUAUUAAACAAGAAGUGGAAAAAUUGACAGGAAAUCCUCGAGGAAAAAAACUAAGGUGGUUUUCAGAAUGUUUUUCACCUCCAGGAGGCAGCAAAAAUUUAUGGGAUUUGGUUGCUGUAAUAAAAGGACAGGAUGACAGUUUGCUUCCACAAAACUACUGCAAAGGAAUUAUGCAUAUGAAGCAUCUCAUUAGAUUUAGAAUGUCCAAGGCACAAGAAUUGACAACAGUAAAAAUGUCCAAGUUUGGAGGUGGUAUUGGUGCACCAAGCAAAGAGGAGAGGCUUAAAGAAGCUGCAGAAAUACAUUUAAGAUUAGGACAAAUUCAGCGAUAUUGUGAACUAAUGGUAGAACUUGGAGAGUGGGACAAAGCUCUCUCAGUUGCACCUGGUGUAUCGAUGAAAUAUUGGAGGAAGUUAAUGCAAAGGAGAGCUGAUCAGUUAAUUCAGGAAGAAAAUGAUGAUGUCAUCCCAUACUGUAUAGCUAUCGGAGAUGUGAAGAAACUAGUUUCUUUCUUUACUUCAAGAGGCCAGCUUAAAGAGGCUCUUCUUGUUGCACAGGCAGCUUGUGAGGGAAAUAUACAGAUGCCACCACUCUCCACAACAAGUGGAUCUUCAAAUUCUGGUGGAAACAAUACAGAUGAUUAUAACGAGCUUCUGCACAAGGUCAGUAAAGAACUGGCAGAAUGGUAUUUUCAGGAUGGCCAUGCAGUGCUUGCAGCAUGUUGCCAUCUGGCUGUUGAAAAUAUAGAGCUUGCGAUGGCAAACCUGAUUCGUGGAAAUGAACUGGAGUUGGCAAUCAGUGUUGGUACUGUCUUAGGAGAAAGUGCAGCACAAGCAACACAUUAUGCCCUAGAAUUACUAGCAAGAAAAUGUAUGACAGUAACAACAUGCUUUCCAUCACUUGGAUACAGGAAUUUAGCAGCUGAUCUUCUUAUGAUGAUUCCUGAUAAUAAAUUGCAGUUAGUAAAACUGUGUGCUUUUUAUCCUGGAUGCGUAUCAGAAAUAAAUGACCUGCAUGAAAAGUGUAAUCUUCCUGAUGUAGAAGAAUGCAUGCGGUUGGCAGAGACAAUUCAGGCAGAUGGGGAUAUAUUCGAAACUAUAAAGUACUAUCUGUUAAGCACAGAACCUGAAAAGGCUCUCCCUAUUGGCAUUCAGUACGUGAAAGAACAACUUUGUGGCUCAGAUUGGACUUUAGAUUCAGUCUGUCCGUAUCUUGAUCUUCUAAGUUACAUACGCACUGAACGAUUAGUGUUGCAUAAAUGUAGUGAACUUCGGAAUGAGUUGCUGAUUUUGUGUGGUUACAUUGGUGCUUUACUUGCUAUCAGAAGACAGUACAAUAGCAUUGUACCUGCACUUUAUGAGUAUACAAGUCAGCUUUUAAAGAGACGGGAGGUAUCUUUACCUUUGAAAAUUGAACAGCUUUCUGAGGAACUAGAUGCAUGGAGAGCUUGUACUCAAUUAAACAAGCCUACCGAUGAAUUGCCAUGCACCCCACCAUCUGAAUCGCAGAGAACGGUGUAUUCAAUACUUGUAUCACGAAUACAAGAGGAGCCUCUGAAAGGACUGGUUGGGCCAGACUAUGUCACUGGAUCAAAUCUUCCUAGUCAUUCAGAUGUUCACAUCUCUUGUUUGACAGGGCUAAGGAUACAGGGUCCAGUGUUCUUCCUUGAAGAUGGAAAAUCUGCUAUUUCACUGAAUGAUGCUUUGAUGUGGGCCAAAGUGAAUCCUUUUUCACCACUAGGAACAGGAAUACGACUUAACCCAUUUUGAUGAGGUGUUUUCCUCUGUACUUUGUACUGCUUAAAAUAACACUCUGGGGAUUAAUACUGAUUUAACCUUGAUUGUCAAAGGACAGAAAGAUGGCAGUUGACUCCUCCUGAAAGGUGAUUACUUGGACUUUGUAAAAUGAGAACAAGAAAAGGAUUUCUAUACAAAUGUUUGUUGAUAAUCCAAAGAAAAAGUUAUUUGAGAAUCCAAAGAAAAAAAAAAGUCCUAACUUCAUAGACAGCCAUGUCUUUUUUUUUUUUAAGUAAGAAUAGUGUUGUCAGACAAUAGACAUAUUUCAGUCAACUCUGUGUAAACAGAUGCCUUGUAAAGGAAGUAAGCAACUAUAUGCACGUUAUCAAAAUACUGAUAACAAACUGUGAAAUCCACAAACACACUUUCAAAUAUAUAGUAAUAGAAUGACUUUAUUGAUAGCCACUGCAACCUGUUUUUAGAAUGACUGGAAUCCUGCAGCUGUUUCAUGCAUUGUGUCCCCCUUUUUAAUUUUAACUAAUUUUUUACACACAAGAUUCUAUAGCAAAAGUAAAAUUUAAAAAGUGCUCAGAUGAUUUUUUUCAUCCAUUAGUUAUUGUGCUUUAAUAGCAGUACAAAGCUGUUUGCUAAUGUUUUGUUUAGAUAGGUUUGAAUAUCUAGAUAAUAAAAUUCUAUUUUCUAAUAAGUUCAUCUUUGGCAACUGUCCCCCUUAUACUUUCACUGGAAGCUAAAAUGUAUUUAUAAAACUUUUUUUUUUUUAAAACAACAAAGGGUUUAUAAGGAACAAACAGCAAAUGUAUUGAAGUUAUUUAAAUGUCAUGUACAUUUAAAAUACUUGUUUUCUUUUUACAUUUUGUAUUAGUUACAAAUAUACCUAUAGUAUGACAGACCAGAAGUAAAUACUUGCGCAUAUAUUUUUAUUUACUAAAGCUGUGCUCAAAUGAAAAGAAAAUUAUGGUAAUAGAAUACUACAAAUAUUUAAAUUUUAAAGCUGUGUAUAGUAUGGAAUUUAAUCAUAAGGCAAAUCUUAUACUUUAUAAGAAUUAUUAAUAAGAAUAAUUAUUAUCAGAAUUACUUACCUGUAGAAAAGAUGCCUUAGUUAUAAUAUUCUUUGUUAGCUUAAUUGAUGGCACACAAGCAGAAAUCUACUUUAUCUCGUUACGUUUUUUGCUGCUGCUUUAAAAUAAAUUUUAAAAUCCUGAUAGUUACAUAAAAUGUAAAGAAAUUGCAAUUAAAAAUUGGCAGAACUAUUUCUAGAGAAACUGUUGU